ACCGAACUUUUUCAAACGAUGGAUUGGAAACAUAGCAAACAAACAACUGAAAUGCAGUCUGUCAAAUCCUUACACCGAAAUUGUCCUUAUUGCAAAAUUACGUUAUUUAUCCCUUUAAUUAAAACAAUAAUUUAAUAUGUUGCAAAACAUUAAUUAAUGAUAGUACAUAAAAUGAAGCUUAUUAUUUUAAUGUAUAAUUCGUAAAAGUAAUAAAAAAAAUAUGAUAAUAAUCAAAUUUGACAAAUUAACAUACAAUCCCCAACUAAGCUCGAGAAUAGCAUAAUGUAAAAUUCCUAAGCCUAAUACGUAUACACACACAUAACUGGACGAUUUUCUCGCUGGAAGAAAAAAUUGUGGAGAAAAGGCAAUCAAAACACUAGAGAUUACGGAAAAAAUGGAAAUAACAAAAUUUGAUACAGAAUCCAGUCUUGCAGUUGUGCCACGAUUCUUGCGAUUAAUCCAAUUCCUAACAACGUUAUUGAUAUUUUCACUGGCCAUCUACUUGACAGUCAUGUCGAGGAGAUAUUUAACAGAUGUAGCAUGCAUUUUGCUCAUCUGCCUUUCUUCCUCGCAUUUAUUUUUCCAAGGUUUGGAUAUUAUGAAUCACUUUUUCGGAGAUGGUGUUCCAGAAUCACCGAUGUACAUUUUCAGCCUCAUCGGAAUGAUUCUUUUUGCGAUUGCUGGAAUUUCGUUAAUUCACUAUGUGACUUCGUAUAUAUCAUUUUGGGCUAUUUUAAUGACAAUGAUAUUGUGCUUCAUUAUUAGUUUUCUGUAUACAAUAGAAAUUAUUGCAGUUCUUUUUUACUGGAGAAGGAAAUACUCGGCCUGGAAAAAAUGUCAUCCAGUGAUGAUGGAACCAAUGACAAAAACAUCAUUUACGAAGACUUGCGAGUUUCCUUCACCAAAUGCUAACAUUUGCAAAUGUGAAAUAACAACGAGUGUAAGUGGACAAGAUUUUCUGGAUCCAACUGUGGAUAUAACGGAAACACAUGGAAUGAGAAAAAUAAAUUAUGCCCGAAGACGACAGUACGUUGAUUCUCCUUGCAGUGUACCAGCACUUACCAUUCAGGCAGUGGGUGAGGUUCAAACUGACAAUCGAUUAACAAGUUUAGGAGAAGCGCAAACCGCCAAUGCCCAAAUGAAAGAAACCAUCAUACAAACGGCUACACAAGAUAAUCGUCAAAAAUUCAAGACUCCACAACAGUGUUUUGCAACUGAUACUUGUCUGUGUUCGAGAAUAUUAUACCCCCAAUACCAAAUACCAUGUUCAAAAAUCUGUCCUGCAUCAAUUGUAAUACUACCAGGGACGUUGCGUGGAUCAUGUUGCGAAUCGUGUAAUUGCAGUGAUCACCUUGAAAAAUCUUCUCAACAACUGCAUCAGAUUAAUCGAAUCCCCGAUAAUAUUUAUGAGCCAUGUCAGCAUUCUGCUUUACAAUGCAAUACAACUUCAAUAAUUGUAGACUCAAAUGUGGAUAGGAUGUCUGGUGAUCAAGAACCUAAUGCAAAGGGUUCCAUAUACGGUUUUGAUAUGGCCGCAAAGCAACAAGAGUAUACUAAUGAUACCUCGAAAAAAACUUUAUCAUCAAUUGAAAAGUUGCCAUUCACGAUUUUCGAUGGCAAUAGUCAAGAGGGCAAUAAAAGAAUUAUAUCCACGAAUACUCAAAAGAUUUGGAAGAUAGAUGAACAGAAAAUGUGUGGGAAUAAAGAUCCAGAUACUGAAAAAUCGAAUGGAACGAGUAGCCUGAUAUUGAAAAAAAUAUCGGAGAAGAGGUAUGAAGAGAAUGAAGAAGAUUAUUCACCUUUGAAAUGCCUCAUUACAACGACUGGACUAAAACAUGAUCCAUUAAGAAUGAUGAAGACUGAUACCGAAAGUACCAAAACAAUAAAAAUUGAAGACCAGCAUGCAUUGAUAGAGAAAAAAAAUAUGAACCAGACUCAGAAAGAUUUAUCACAUUCUCAAGAAUUUUUGGAAAAGAGAGGAAACGAAAUGAACAAUAGAAAUAUUCGAGUUUCACGUACUUUGGAUAAAAAAAUGAAAAAGAGCAAGAGCAAAACGUUAUCAUCAUCAUCAUCAUCAUCUUCGUCUGUAGUCACUCUCUCCAGUGUUGUAGAAAAAAAAUGGCACAAUGGAGAAGAUUAUAGAAAAUCAAUGAUAAUAUUAAAACAUCAUGUUGAUGAAGAAAUUAAUGAAAAAUUAUCACUAGAUAAUGAAAGAGAAAUAUCCUUUCGGCGUAAUUCUAAUCUAUUAUCAAGCGACCAAGUUAAGCAAAUGUCUAAAAGAGUUAAACCUCUAUAUCGGCAACGUAUAAUCAGUAACAAUGGAAAUAGUAUUGAAAACGAUGAUAAUUUGAGAGUUAUUGAAAAAUCUGAUACAAUUGCUAGAAUUCGGUCUCCACUAUUACAAGCACCGAUGAAUUCAAAAUCGAAAGAGCAUUCACCCUGCACUAGUAGGACUAAUGGACCUGUUAGUAUGACAGGAAGCUCGGCAGGUUCUAGACAUUCAGCUAAUAAUGCAGAUUUAUCAUCGUCAAGAAGUCACAUCUAUGUAGAACAAGGAGGUUCGAAUGAAACAAUUAUUAACAAAGGCGACACAAGAAAUGCUCCACAAUAUGUAACAGACGGCGAAGUGCACACAAUACAACAUGCACCACUCAUAAAACAAAGUCAAGAAAAUAUUCCAAUAUGUUAUUCCUAUACAAUACACCCAAUGGACUGGCAUGGUGAGCAGCAAUUAAAAAAAUUUAAUAAUUCUAAAAGUCAAACAAAUUCAUCAUCAGCAAGUAACGAAGUUCGAGCUGCUGACAUGAACAUCGACGGACUUACCGAGAUGGAAUAUGAAUUACACUUAAGCAGAAAAAAGCAGAAGAACCAUCAAAUAUCUGGAAGAGCUCUCCCAAGCGAGCUAUCUGUUGUGAUGGAGAGUCUCAAUGAGACGAAUGAGAUCGUUUGUUUACAUCCCGGUCGUCACCGAACAGAUUCAUCAGUUAUAAGUUGCACUACCAAUUGCGAAGACGAAAUAAGUCAAAUUUAUGGUGAACACGUAAGAGUCGACGAGCGUUAUCGUCACCGAAAACCGAUAGAGAAGAGCGGACAAUAUGGCCGUCAAAUGAAUCUUCAAAUUGUCUGUGGAUGGGAUUGUUCGCAUGCAUGCAUUCACCCACGCCUAUAUUGCCCAAGACCAGAUCAGAACAAUGGCUUACAUGAUUUCAGAAGAGACGAAUACCUUUAUAGAAAACAUAAACGAGCAAGCAAACGAAACCAUAAAAUGCUUAAUAUCUGUUACCUAUUAUAAUACACCAUGUAUCAUUAACCAAAUAAAAAAUCUUCUUCUUUU